CUGGGUCCUCCCACCUGAUAAACAAUAGCAAUCAACCUGAUUGGUCUGCUUGACGAUGACAUCACACAACUGGGGGUCUAUACAUACUGCAGGUUGUGAAUCACACAUUUACUUUGAUUUCAAAUCAGACUACGGAUACCACCUUUUGACUUUUGCAAGGACAUCUUGAACUUUUAAGUUGAAACUUGAAAAUGGCAUCAGAAUCCAACAUGCAGAAAUCUGACCGUCGCAUUGUUCACUGCCUGCUGUGUGAAAAACCACAGGACAUGCUGACGACGCACCUGAGUAGGGUCUGCAUGAAACACAGCACGCCCGAAGAACGUCUGGAGGAGGCGAACAGGGCCAAGGAGUCCACCAAGGCGUGGACACGGGAAGCCAGAAACUGGGACUACAAGGAGAUGGUUAAACGUUACCCCCACAGACCAUCUAGGCUGGCUCUUCUGGAAGAGCUGCGCCAAAGAAAGUUUUUCGUGGCCAACGCUCCUAACCAGGCAGACCUGGAACCCGAAGAACCGUCCAGCAGCACAGCUGACCUUCCCACAGCCAGUGGCCUUUCUGCAGCAGCCGGUGGCAGCUCUGAAGCGGCUGGUGUCAGCUCUCAAGCGGCUGGUGGUGUCUUGGUUUCGGAGGAAAGCAGCUCUGAAGGCAGCACCACCGAUCCAAGUGACAAAACAUGGCAAAGAGAUCAAGCGCAGCCGAGCGCAGGUGUCCGGGUCAAAAUGAUGAGCAUGGGGCUCUAUCAAAAAUUCCCUGCAGAAGAGGCCAUGUUACAAGACUUCAAGGGCUACUUGAUUAACACCCUGCAGGUCCCAAACUGCCAGCAAGUGAUAGACAACGUCUCCAGGAUGCUGAGAUACAUCCAGCCAAGUGGGGAUAAAGUCACCUUAGACUUCCUGCUAAAGUCCACUGAGACCAAGGACUUCCUCACCCAACUCCGGCGCGCUGACAUGGGCCCCGCCACCAUACUGAACUACAUAAAGAACAUGAUCCGGUUUGUUCAGUAUCUGAAGACCCACCUCAACUUGGUUGCAGCAGAUCCUGACUUCUACAGGAAGUGUCAGGCCUACAUCGACCUCCUCACUUCCCUCAGAAAGCCAGUUUCCAAGUCGAACAGCAAGGUCACUUGUAAAAUCAGGUAUGAACGGUUCAUUGAGGGUGAGAAGAGCCUUCAGGAGUGCCAGGCAGUCCUCCGGAAGGCCAAGAAAGACAUGCUGUCCGUUUAUGGGAGGAUGCUGGAAGGUGACCAUGUGGCUUCAGAGGAAAAGACCAUUUUCCACUACUACUGUGAAGCAAUCCUGAUCCUCGGUCACUUCCAGAGACCAGGAGCGGUGGAGGGAUUAACUGUAAGUGGUUUAGUUUUUGUGGGGGCAUCAGCCUAAACAGAUUAUAUUGGGUAGUCUGCAAAGAGGACGUUUAUGUCAGUUAUUCACUCUGAGUUUUUUUUUUUUUUUUUUCAGACGGCAGAGUGGGAUAACAGGAAAAAUUCUGGGGGAAAGGUGUGUGUGGCUGUCAGCGAACACAAGACUGCGGCAAUGCAGAUCGCCGUGUUUGCCCUAACAAUGGAGGAGGCAGCAGUAAGUACACUUUGCACAGACUAAAUUGCCUUACCAUAAAAUACAGUAACACCAGCAAUGAACCAACAGAUAUUAACAGAUUUUUUUUUUGUUUGUCUCUGCAGAUGCUGGACGCAUACUACACCUGGAUCCGCCCUGACUGCAUCCAGCCGGAUGUAGAUCACGGAAACAGGUUGUUUGUCUCAACAUCGGGCACGAAGAUCAGGAGUGCAACCAAUGACCUCAGUCGUCUGCACGCACACUACAAACUGCCCAACAUCAAGAGCCAGCAGGUACGCAGGACCGUGGAGACAGAUGCGGCUGCAAACUUCACAGAGGAGCAGAAGGCGUCUGUCGCACACUACAUGGCCCAUUCGACGGCAGUGGCAAAUCAGCACUAUCGAAUGAAGACCCUGGACUCUGUGGUGGCAACCUCAAACCUGCUCAGCUCCAUGAGUCGGUAUGUAAUUAUCUGAAACGGUUAUAAUUAUGUUUCUCAACGCUCAUCCGUCAGUUUGUCAGUGUGUAACCGUGAAACCUUUUCAAUG